AUGUACCGAUUCAAUGAUUCUCCUUCUCUUCCAACAACAUGUCGGUCUUCUUCCCCAACAAAAACAUUGACGAGGUCAUCCACAAAAACCCUUGAUUUCCUACCAAAAAAUUCACCAGUUCAUCUAUUUCACUUGACGACGAUGCCAUGGACAUCAAAGUCGAUCCUUCACACCACCUUAUAUUCAACUGUGGUAUAUCCCCUUAACCUUCCGGAUAUUCUAUAUUCUGUUUUCUUUUUCUCUGAAGAGGCUUUGUUUCGUUAUUCUGUUCGAACCUUAUCAGAGAUGAAGGCGCGAAGUGGGAUUACGGAUGCACCUAAAAAACAAAGAGUUAUCUUUAACAUGGCUAAGCAGUAUAUUAAAUACUAUGAGGCUCAGCAAGAUUCAAUCAAACGUCUUAAAUCUCAAGGAGGAGGCCCAGAUGUUGAAGUAACAUUUUUGACAGAGAUUGAACUGCUGUCAAGACUGCAUCACUGUCAUGUGGUGCCAUUACUUGGGUACUGUUUGGAAUACCAAUACCACACAAAACAGCCUGAGAUGCUUUUGGUGUUUGAAUACAUGCCAAAUGGCAACAUGAGAGAGUGUCUAGAUGGGGUUUCAGAAAAAUGUCUAGACUGGGGGGCCCGCAUUGCAGUAGCCAUUGGAGCUGCUAGAGGGUUGGCAUAUCUUCAUGAAGCAGCUGCACCAAGAAUCCUGCAUAGAGAUGUUAAAUCCACUAAUAUUCUCUUGGAUGAAAACCGGAGAGCAAAGAUUACUGAUCUGGGAAUGGCUAAGAGUUUGGUGAGUGAUGGUGUUCCAAGCUGUUCUAGCUCACCUGUUAGAAUGCAAGGGGCAUUUUGCUAUUUUGCCCCUGAAUAUGCGAUUGUUGGAAGGGCAUCGCUGAUGUCAGAUGCGACACCACUUUUACAAGAUAGCAGGAGAGUGAGUAAGGAACUGCCGGACCCAUGUCUGAAAGGGAAGUUUGAAGAAGAAAAUACGCAAGUGAUGACUUAUUUAGCAAAACAGUUUUUGUUGUUGCAUCCUGAUGCUCGCCCAACAAUGAGUGAAGUUGUUCAGAUACUUCUAACUAUAGCACCAGAAAAAUCUAAAAGGUGGAAUUUCUCUGUUGACCGCUUUCAGGAUUAUACCAUUAGAAUGGAACGCGAGCUUCAACAAUUGUCAUGCAGUAUAUCAUUCUAA